ACGCUUUACGACUCUACCUGGCAACGUACACGUAGCCAGAGCAUCGAUUUCCUCGAGCAUCGCGCCCACUAGCGUACCGCUGAUUGGAUAAGUCCGUGUGACGUCAUGGCCGUGCCCCCGUGCUGUCUGCAGAUGUGGCGGCUGGAGCUGCCACUGUGGCCGGUACCGGUUAGUAGUACAUAGGAGGGAGAUGCUCGGGUUACUGCUGCUGGCCGUGUUAUCGCUUCUGCACACGGGACGGGCUAAAACCGUGCAUGGCAGCUUUGACAGCGCCCUGGCGUGGCACAGUCGGGGGCAGCACAUAUUCACCUUUCUGUUCCAUGGGGAACAAGCUGUACUACGUGUCCGAAUUAGCAAUGUGGCAGCAGCGGUUGGAAAAGAUGCUGCCCUGUACCUGUAUCAAGAUGAAGAAUGGAUGAAAAUUCAUGGGAGCAAGGAAGAGAACAGUUGCCCUGAGAGAUUGUUACUGGCACAAGCAUCAAUUCCCUUGAACCAAACAGAAUAUAACUACACUCUGCCACAGAUGCCCUCUCCUGCAGCAUGGUAUGCCAUCUAUGUGGACAAAUACACCUGUCUGAUGAGCUAUGAGGACCCCAAGUCGGAGGAGAUUACAUUUCAAGUGACUCUGUUGAAUCCUGAUGCAGCAGGGAAUCCUUUUGAUCAUUUUGGAGCAGAUGAGUCAGGUUUACAUGAAUUCUUCUUCCUGCUUGUGCUGGUGUAUUUUGUGGCUGCCUGCAUUUACAUCCAGGCUCUAUGGCAGACGAUUAAGAAAGGCGGUCCAAUGCACACAGUGCUGAAGGUGCUGUCAAAUGCACUGUUGUUGCAGGUUGUAUCAGCCGUGGCAAACUAUCUGCACUUCUCAAGGUAUGCUAAAGAUGGUAAAGGUGCUCCUUUCAUUGGCAGUUUGGCAGAAUUGUGUGACAUAGCCUCAGAAGUCCAGAUGUUAUACCUACUGCUAAGCUUAUGUAUUGGCUGGACUCUCAGCAGAAUGAAGAAAUCACAAGGGAGACCUCUUCAGUGGGACUCUACACCCACAUCCACUGGCAUCGCUGUUAUUGCAGUCAUUGCUCAGGUCAUUUUGCUGGUUUGGGAGCUUUUUGAAGAUACCAAUCACCACAGUUACCAUGCCCAUCAGAGCCUGGCUGGCAUCCUUCUCAUUGCCAUGAAGAUUUGCCUAGCUGCAUCACUGGCUUGUGGCCUAUACCAUAUUAUCACUUUGGAGCGGACCACAAUGAAAAGGCAUUUCUAUAUCACCUUUGCAAAAGGCUGUUUCUUGUGGUUUUUGUGCCACCCAUGUUUUAUAGGCAUCUCCUUCUUGUUUAAAGAGUAUCAAAGAGAAAAGGUCAUCACAGUGGGUGUCAUCCUGUCUCAGUCCCUCUCUAUGAUUAUACUAUAUAGACUCUUCCUGUCACAUAGUCUGUACUGGGAGGUCUCCUCCCUGUCAUCAGUAACCCUGCCACUAACUGUAUCACACAAAAGUCGAUAUUACUCUUGAUGUGCUCAGGGACAGAACUGCUACUUUGGGUCAAGUUGUUUUCCUGUAUAUGACAGUGACACACUGAUGCACUCCAACAUUGUGUGGGACAGCGAGGCAUUCUAAUGUCUACAGAAGGACUGUGAGAGAAGAGGAACGGUCACUGCAUUUCCAGUACAGGUCGGCACAUGUUAUUGUGCUGCUUGGAGACUUCCUGUUUUAAGGAUCCAAUGCUGCAAAGAUUUUAUCCAUGUUUGAAACUGUUGCUCGUCACUGUAGGUGUUAGCAUUUCCAAUCUUACUGUUUGGAUGACUUGAUAACCAGACACACAUACGCAUUGAGCUGUGUGUAAGAAAUACCCUGUAGUACAUUGGUUCUUGUCUAUUUCCAAAUUGAAACCCAGUCGGCGCCAUUUGAUUGGUUUGCUAUUUCAGACUUUGACAGUUGCAGGAUUUUUACCACUAGACUGAGCUCAAAUGAUGCACCACCUUGGUAUGCAUGUAUUUUAUAUGUGCAUGAUAUGUAAGUGUUUUCUAUUUAUACAUUGUGGAUCUGGAUCCAGAGGCACCAACCGGCAAAGCUUUAGCUGUCCCAGGAUGCAUAGGGGCCUCCUCUAUAACCCCGCCUCCAGGCUCUGCUGUAUGUAUUUUAUGUGAUGUUGUAUCGGAAAUGCAAACUUAACACACUACAUGUUUUUUUUUUUAGUUCUCUUAAAUUGAAUAUUGUGAUGAUUGUAUUAUUGUUUGUUUUAUUCACCCAUUCAACAAAGAAGUUAUAUUAGUUUCAUUUGAUUUCAGUGGAUGUCCUUACCUUUUAUAAAAUCUAUAAAUUAACUUGUUUUUAUGGUGAGAUAUGAAAAGAUGAGUACAAUAUAAGUUCCCAUGCAUUUAAACCUUUAUGUGUUGUAUUUGUUAAAAAAAAAAACAAGUAAAUAUAAAGAUGUGAUAUU